AUGAAGAGCCCAGGAUACCCCAACUCCUACCCCAACAACGCCUACUGCGUGUGGAUCAUCCGUCUGUGGGACCCGGCCCGCAGGAUCCAGCUCCAGUUUACGGAUGUGGAGCUGGAGGCCAGCAGCUGCUCCUACGAUGCCAUCGAGGUGUUUGAUGGAGGCUCCCCCCAGAGCAGGCUCCUGGGCCGUGUUUGCAGGAACGACAACCGUGUCUUCAACUCCUCUGGGAACCAGCUCACCAUCCUGCUCCGCAGCGACGGCAGCGUCACCAGGAGGGGCUUCCACGCCUACUACUCCUCAUUUCUUGCCUUCAGUACCACCAUGGCUCCCAAUACUUCUACUGCGUCACCAACCUCAGAAGAUUAUUCUUGUGGUGGCUUGCUCUCCUCUUCAUCUGGUACCUUACAGAGCCCAUUUUACCCCAGAAAUUAUCCAAACAAUGCUGACUGCGUGUGGGAAAUACAAGUAGAAAGCAACUUCCGUGUCACGCUUACAUUUACAGAUAUUCAGAUGGAAGGCGGCAGAUGCCUCUCAGACUACGUGGAAAUUUAUGAUGGGCCCCUGCACAGCUCUCCUCUCCUUGGGAAGAUUUGUUCUGGUUAUUACCCCACAUACACAUCGUCCUCCAACCUGCUGAGCGUCCGCUUCCACAGCAACUCCCGAUACACGUACAGAGGCUUCCAGGCCAACUAUCACUCCACUCCUGCUGAUGACAGCACCACCCUGCUGUGUUUGCCAGACUACAUGCACGUGGUUGUGAGCAGAUACUUCCUUCAGUCCCACGGCUACUCUGCUUGGAACCUGACCCUGAACGACCCCCUUUGCACACCCAACAUCACAUCAAAUUCUGUGUCAUUCGACAUUCCGUACACUCGCUGCGGCACUGUCAGAGAGGGGAACAACGACACAAUCAGCUAUUCCAACACUAUUAGAGGGUCCUCUUCUGGUACAUUAAUCACAAGAAAUAGAAAUCUUCUCUUGCAUGUCAACUGCAAGAUGCUCCAGAACACGUGGGCAAAAACGAUGUACGUCGCGGACGACAACUUUGAAGUCAACGAAACUCAGUAUGAGAGAUACGAUGUCAACCUCACAUUUUAUGACUCCUCAAGCUUCUCAAGGCCAGUGUAUGACUCACCCUACCGUGUUGGCAUCAACCAGAAUUUGUUCCUACAAGCUUCCCUGCACAGCUCUGACCCAUCCCUGGAGUUAUUUCUGGACACUUGUGUGGCAUCUCCCACUCGCCACAACUUUACAACAAAGUCCUAUCCUAUAAUCGAGAAUGGGUGUGCCAAAGAUCCCACCUAUGCUACGUAUUACUCACCCUUCAGACACACCCUCAGGUUUAAAUUCAAUGCCUUCCAGUUCAUUCAGAGCAACCCAGAGGUUUACCUGCAGUGUGAGCUGGUGGUCUGCAGGGCCUAUGAUUAUUCCUCCAGGUGCUACCAAGGCUGUCUUCGAAGGUCCAAGAGAGAGGCCAGCUCUGAGAAAGAAAGUGUGAUUGUUGUUGCUGGCCCAAUACAGCUUUGGAAACCUGAGAUAAUGGAUGAACUUGGGUCUGAGUAA